GAAUUAAAGCAAGCAUUUGAAUUGAGGGAUCCAGGAUUCCGCUACCAAUGGCACCUGUAUAAUGCUGAGAGUAGACACGAUAUCAAUGUUACUGGAGUAUGGGAGCAAGGGAUCAAUGGCACUGGAGUGAACGUAGCGAUUAUUGAUGAUGGCCUUGAUAUGGAUAGUGAAGAUCUUGCACCAAACUUUUUCAAGGAAGGAUCUUGGGAUUUUAAUGAUCAUACCGCCCUGCCAAAGCCUCGCCUAGUUGAUGAUAAUCAUGGCACGCGUUGCGCUGGUGAAAUCGCAGCUGCAAAGAACGACCUAUGCGGCGUUGGUGUCGCAUUUGGAGCCAAAGUUGCAGGAAUCCGUAUCCUCUCUGGCCAAAUUACCGAUGCAGAAGAAGCAGCAGCGCUCAACUACCAGUUCCAGCAAAAUCAUGUGUACUCUUGUAGCUGGGGGCCGCCCGAUGAUGGACGAAGUAUGGAUGCACCUAGAGGUGUCGUGUAUGACGCAAUUGUUAACGGAAUCAAAAAUGGCCGUGGAGGGCUUGGUAGUAUUUAUGUCUUUGCGACGGGUAAUGGAGCCAGCCAGGAUGACAAUUGUAACUUUGACGGGUAUGCCAACAGCCUGUAUACAGUAAGCAUUGGAGCCAUUGAUCAUACACAAGGAUACCCUUAUUAUUCAGAGCCCUGUUCGGCACAGUUGGCAGUGACCUACAGCAAUGGAGCUGGAAAAGCCAUUUAUACUUGCGAUGUAGGUAAACGGCGUUGCUUUGAGCAUCAUGGCGGUACCAGUGCAGCCGCACCCAUUGCUGCAGGCAUGAUCGCUCUUGUGCUGUCUAUGCGCCCAGACCUCAGCUGGCGCGAUGUUCAGUACCUGCUCAUGGACACAGCAACACCAGUCUCUGUUUCCGAUCCCGAUUGGGAAAAGACUCAUGCAGGACGACUCUUCAACCACAAAUUUGGUUACGGUUCUCUAGACGCGUAUAAGCUCGUGGAGGCCGCCAAAGCCUUUCAAAGCCUUCGGCCGCAGACAUUCUUUUAUCCUCCUACUGUUAUUGUCCAAAAACCGAUACCACAAGACGGUAAAGGGAUUUCCUCCAUGAUCAAGGUCUCAAAAGCAGAGUUGAAAGCUAAAGGGGCUCAGUUGGGGAUGUUGGAGCAUGUCACAGUCACCGUGAAUAUCGAGCAUGGGCGACGGGGCGACGUAGAGGUGACCUUGACAAGCCCUCAUCAAAUCGAAUCAAGGCUAGGCACAAGGCGGCAGUUUGAUAACGCAACUACGGGAUUUGCCAACUGGACAUUCAUGACAGUGAAGCAUUGGGGAGAGGACCCUGUCGGAAACUGGAGCCUGGUAGUUCGUGACCAAAACAAUUCAGACUUUAAAGGAAAGCUAAUUGACUGGAGAAUCAAGUUAUGGGGCGAG